AUGAAAGAAAGCGAAAUAUCAAUCGCCGGAUUGAGUACCGAAAGCAAGCCAACCCUCGACAUUGCAGAACACCUAGACGAUAUGGAAGAGCAGCCGGGUUCCGGCAUGGAUGCGAGAUACCCAUUAAGUUAUCUAAUGAAUCGUAUUCAUGGAGAAACAUUCGGAGUCCAGGAGAAGACCUUGAACGAUGUUGUUGGAGCCAGGUGGUUUGCGAGUUCCUGGAUAUCCCUGGACUUAGCCAUCACGGCUGUUCAUGCGCUUGGUAUCUCUAGCAUUGGUCCACUUUCGCUGCAGUCAAUUGCGCUACGAGAAGAAUCAGCCGCUGGUAUACUAAGUCGCAUUACUCAACUGCAAAGUUUCAAAAUCGGCAUUGGGACGUCGAAUUACUCCAAAGCCAUUCGCUACCUUGCUCGUAAUGGCGACUACGAGACGCUUCGAGAUCUUCUACAAUCGGAUUUCCACCCAGAUGUCUUUGAGAGUAAGGAGAUGCAGGCGACCAUCUUCCAGUCAUGUAUGCUCAGUGGAGACUGGAAGAAAUACCACCUGAUUGGCAUUGUCAAUCUAGCAGCCUCAGUCGAUUCUGCGUUUCUGUUUUCCAAUGAGCUGCUACUGGCUUCCAUUGUUGACGGUAACAAGCAGAUGACCUUGCAGAUUCUGAACGACAUGAGGUCCAGAAACAUCGACAUUUUCCCUUCAACAAGUCAUAAGCUCAGUAUGCGUAUAGGACAGAGAAUCGGCCUACACAAGGGACACCGCGACACUGAUGUUGAUUACCUGAUAGCGCUUAGUCGUCAGCUUGCACGUACACCAUUCCCUCCCCCUGCUCGAGUAUGGGAGAGACUUCUGUGGCAUCUCGGGAGAAAUGAUAAAAUCGAUGAGCUCGAAUAUCUGGCCCUGGAGGUUACACAGCUGUAUACAAGCUGGCAGAGCUCUCCCAGCCCUACCAUGAAUCUUCCUGUAUACGAUGUGCCUGAGGCCAUGAAGGACGGGUCGCCAUACGAGUAUUUCAAGCCGGUACCCCGAGAACUUCAUAUAAGGCACGAGGCACAUCCGCUUCAGGCGGUCUUUCAUUCUAUGAUGCAAAAGUCGAUAGUCCGAUUAGCCUUCAACUACGAGCUCCGGCACGGUGCCGCCAACGCCCGAAUUAAGGGGAAGCUAAGUCGUCUAUCCGACUUCUACAUUGCGCGCGGUGUCCGUCUCCUGCGUCUCCUGAGAGAUCAAGGCGUGAGAGUCGAUCCUAAAGCAAUCAAGAAAGCCGUACUCUUACGACUCACAGACCUGUAUGGCCCGACAACCGGAUCCACUCGGUCUCUGGAGCAUAGCAAGUACGCCAACAGGAUGACGAUGCCAGAAGUAAAACAACUCUUCGAUGAUGCAUGGGGCGAAGACUUUCUAGGCUCUCUUGGCGAGAUCGAGCACUUUCUCGUUCAAGAAGGCAAUCGCCGUUUUGAAGCCGAGCGCAAAUACAAUGCGACAAGAUCACGCUCUCGCUAG